AUGCCGCCACUCGCGCGCCGCCUCCUCCUCCACGCGCUACCGCGCGGCGCGCGCGCCCUCCACACGCCCCCGACCCCGACCCCGGGGGUGUUGGCCUGCCGGCUGGCGUCCCGCGCCGUGGUGCGCUUCGCGGGGCCCGAGGCGGCGCGCUUCCUGCACUCGCUGCUCACCAACGACCUCCUCUCGGCCUUCGCCGCGUCCGGCGCGGCGUCGCCGCAGCGGUACGCGCCCACGCCGAACGCGCCCGCGCGGGGCCCCGCGGCGCCCGCCUACGCUGCGCUGCUCACGUCGCAGGGCAGGUUCCUCUACGACCUCUUCCUCUACCGGCCCCCGCCGCCGUCCCAGAUGCUCGACCGCACCGGCUCCGCGCCGGAGACCGGGGAGGCUCCCGAGGGGGACCCGCAGGAGGUGCUCGCUGAUGUCGACGCCGCUGAGGUGGACGACCUCGUCGCCUGCUUCAAGAGAUAUCGGUUGAGAUCCAAGGUUGAAAUAGACAAUGUAAGUGAGAAUUUUGCAUGUUGGCAAAGAUUUGGACAUAAUGUAGUGCAUACCGAUCCUUCUACUCAAGAACCUGAGGCUCAAUCCAUUGGAUGGGGACAAGGUGUUGACCAUGCUGGCGAGUCAGCUGCACAAGGGAACGGUCAUGGUUGGCAAUGGCUCAAAGAUCCUCGGUUGGACUACCUUGGUUACAGAGGAAUUUUUCCAGCUGACACAAUACCACCACUAGUUGAGUCUGACAAAGAAGCGGACGAACGACAUUAUCAACUUUGGCGGAUAGAAAAUGGAGUUGCAGAAGGUUCAACUGAAAUCCCAAAAGGUGAAGCAAUCCCGCUGGAGUACAAUCUUGCUGGCUUGAAUGCAAUUUCCUUUGAGAAGGGUUGCUACAUCGGGCAGGAGCUUAUUGCACGGACACACCAUCGUGGUGUCAUUCGGAAGCGCCUAAUGCCAAUGAAGUUUGUUGACGAAAAUGGGCAAGAACUCGAGCAGGCUGUCACUCCAGGUUCAGAAGUCGUGGACGAGGCAUCAGGCAAGAAAAUCGGGACAGUAAACACCGCUCUGGGCUCCCGCGGGAUGGGCCUGUUGAGACUAGAAGAAGCACUGAAGCCAGGCUCGGCCCUGCGCAUCGGCGAUAACAGGGACGUGAGGGUCCAUGCGAUCAAGCCGGACUGGUGGCCAGCCGAGUGGACGCAGGUGCUUCAGCAACAGAGCGCAGCUGCUUGA